CUCGAGCGGAAACCCCACCAGCAAUCCAAUCGCCGCCCGCCGGCGCUUCAAUCUUCGUUCGUGCCGCGAGUAGUAGAGGGCUGAACUGUAAUUCAGCCUCGGCCGAUUUAUUUAUCUGUUUUUAGAACUUCGUGGACUGCUUUGUGUUUUGGCAGAGAAAUCCGAAACAGGGGACGAAUAUAUUUUACCCUAAUAACAAACUAAACUACUUUCCCUUCUUUCCUCCCCAACUGUUCUCCUCUCCUUCUGCUGCUGCUGUUUUCCCUACCCAGAUCACAGUCACUCCUGUUACUCCAGGUUAUUGCUUGGGUUUUCUCUGCCUUUUCUUCAGCUACCAGAUCCUAAAUUUGAUUAAGGGUAUGUUGAAUACAGUUGGUGAGCUUGGUGAAGGAAAGAUGAAGGGAGGAAGGAAGAAUUUGAAGAGGGCAGCAGCAAAGGAACAUGACUUCACACUUCAAGGUGGGCAAAGCAUAAUGCAGGUUUUAUCUCUUCGAGGUUCCAACCUUAUCGAGGUAGUGGGCACAAAUGGGGAGAAGUCCUUGGCUUUGUUUCCAGCUAAGUUUCAGAAGAGCAUGUGGAUCAAGAAAGGGAGCUUUGUCAUAGUGGACGACAGUGCGAAGGAAAAGGCGAUGGAGUCAGGCAGCAAAGUGACCUGCAUUGUUUCCCAGGUUCUCUUCCACGAACAACUCCGUACACUGCAGAAAUCUCCUCAAUGGCCAGAAAUUUUCAGGUCUACAACUGUGGACUAUACCAAUGGUAGAAGCUCUAAUGCAAAAGUCCCAAGCCGUGAAGUAGACGAGCUCAAUUCCAAUGAUGAAGAAGAGUACGACGAUCUCCCGCCUUUAGAAGCCAACACGAACAGGAUCCAGCCACCAUUUUUGGAAGCAGAUGCUAAGACUGAUACAGAUUCUGAUUCUGAUUCUUGAAUAACACUUCCUCGAAAAUCGAAAUUGUCUUAGUUCCUAAUGUAGGUGCUGUUGUGGUUCAAAAUCUCGUGUUCUUCGGUCCAAAAUUUCAUCACAAUUACUGUAGGUUUCAUUCAUGGUAAGUAAGCUAGUAAAUAAGAUGAAUGAAUGAGUUGCCUAUCUCAUUUCGCC